AUGGCGGAUACCCACGCGGAGAUGAGGAUGAAGUAUGUCUCUCUGGCAUUCUACCUUGUGCUGAGUGCCACCAAUGGAUACAAAUGCCCGGUGGGGAAUUGGAUUCAAAUUCAAGGUAACUGUUACCUCUUCAGUUCGGAUGGACUCACGUGGGACCAGGCAACAACGGACUGUCGCCAAUUUGGCGCCACUCUGCUUCAGUUUAACGGAGCAGCCGACAGGAAAUUGUUCACGCUGUCUAUUGCAAACAUGACGUCAGAGAGAUGGUGGACUAAUCUGAAUGAUUAUAAUCACCCGGGAGGUUGGUCCUGGGGAAAAGACGACUCGGAAACAUUGGCCGAUCCUACUGCUGUGGUUUGGAACGUUGAACCGGACGACCGUCACCAUAUCGAAAAUUGUGGCGCCCUUAACAUACAAGGCACACUCAGUGAUCAAAAGUGUUCCGAAAGGCACGGCUAUAUAUGUGAAUAUAACCCGAGAGGCAGUGGUUGUCCACUUCACUGGAUUGUGACGACAACAAAUUGUUACUACGUCAGUGAUUUAACAGACGAGUAUAACAUCGUUACCUGGAGCGACGCCUCAAACAUUUGUAAAACUCAACACCCGGGCAGUAACGCUAACCUACUGCGCCUGGAAACUGCCAAUGAGCAGGCCUACAUCCGAGCACAGUUAGCCGAGAUCCAGAUGACGGACCAGUUGUACUGGGUUGGGAUGACUGAUCAGGCAAAGGAGGGCACCUGGACCUGGGACGACGGUUCACCAGUCAAUCAGAGCAACAUUGAAUGGACAGUGGAACCAAAUAAUCUUGGAGGAACAGAACAGUGCGCAUUGAUUUAUGACAAUGGCAGAUUCGCUGACGCUGAUUGCUCAAGACUUGAGAAAUAUAUAUGUCAAACACCCAGAAUAGACGACUCCAAAUACACAAACAAAAUGGGAUGUCCGAACGGCUGGGUGAGGGCAGGACACAAGUGUUACUACUUCCACAUCCAGCGACCACAGAAUCACAUGACAGCUGCCUCCACCUGUGUAGAGAUGGGAGGUCGCCUCAUCCAGAUCGAGACCAAAGAUGAGGAGGAUUGGCUCCGUGUACAGACUCUUCGUUAUGAUUCCUACGCAUUCUGGACCGGUUUGAUGUACCAACCGAGUUCAGGGACCUGGAUCUGGAACAUGGAUACCAAGGCUAAUAUGAGUCUAGUCAUCUGGAACCAGGAGCCAAAUAAUAUGGGUAACGAAGACUGUGGUAUGAUCGCCAAUGAUGGAAUCUUCAAUGAUUUAUCAUGUUAUGCCAAUCAAGGAUUUAUUUGUGAAGCUCAGACUGAAGACCAGCCUUGCCCGAAUGGAUGGAUUACACGGACAGCCGGCGAUAUGCUGACGUGUUAUUUAAUAAGUAAUAUCACUGACGCUGACAUGACCACGUGGCAGGGAGCACGUGACAAGUGUGCGCAAAUAAGCGAGCCAUUGGAUGGUUAUCUCCUGGCUAUCAAUACUAAAGAUGAAGCGGCAUUUAUUGCAAAUGCACUGAAGAACACGUCCGUGACUCUCACCGGGUGGUGGACUGGUCUGAACGACAGAAAGGUGGAGGGAUACUGGGAAUAUGAUACGGCUUUCAACAACCCUGUAAAGAAAAAUGUCAUUCCAUGGGGCGGAGAACCUGAUAAUUCCGGCGGUACAGACUACUGCACGGUGCUAUACAGUGGUAGAUACAACGACGUCAACUGUAACAACGUUGCAUUCUAUCUAUGUGAGAAAAUGGCGGCAGGACUCCAAUAUACGUCUGCAGGUUCAUCGCUACACAGUGGAGUCUUUAUGAUGCUGCCGUUUCUUUAUUCCCUUUUAAAUAACUUUGGAUUUAUAUGA